AUGGUUUUCAAGAAAAACAAUAAAAUAUCAAGCAUAAAUCAACGUAAAAGUACUAAUCGAUCUGUUCCUGGGAGCUUCGGCCGUCUUCAGUACCUACAGAAUUUGGUUAGCGAAUAUCAGCAAACUGGAAUAACGGAACACAAGGAACAGAUUUUAGCCAAUCUUGCUAAUUUCUGCUACGACUCUCGGAACGGCCCACAACUUCGUCAAUUGCGCGUCAUUGAUCUCUUUUUCGACUGUAUCUUAGAACCAUCAAGUGCGUGGUUCAAAGCUGCCUUCCAAUCCGGAUCAAAUUUGAAAGUUGAUGAAGGCGAAGCUCGCCUAGUUGAAUUUGCUCUUGGAGGUUUAUCUAAUCUUUCGGCUUCAUCACCUCUAAAUCGUCAAGAAAUUCUCAAUCACAUACAUUUACCGUGUAUUGUAGCUUGUACUACAUCUCCAGACUCCACAGUUGUUGUACAUUCGCUGACUAUUAUCAUACAUUUGUUUACUCGUUGUCCGAAUUCAGAAGAUUUUAUUUCUUUGGGUACUAAGUUUCCUGCUAUCAUCCAAAUAGCUCGUCAGUACUGUGAGUCACGUAAUCGGCAGACAGACAUUGAUCCUCGAAUUCCAAUUUUAUCACAAAUACUACUGGAAGACUGUUGUAAUUGCAGUUCUUCUCAUUAA